UUGCGGUUGCACCGUCGCCGUCCCGGUACCGGAGCGAGGAGAUGGCGGCGGGCGGCGGGCGGCGCUGAGGGGGGGGGGGGGGGCGGCGGCCAUGGAGGGCGGCAAGCCCAGCUUGCAGGUGGUCUACCAAGCCGUGCAGGCGCUUUACCACGACCCCGACCCCAGCGGCAAGGAGCGGGCGAGCUGCUGGCUGGGCGAGCUCCAGCGAUCGGUCCACGCCUGGGAGAUCUCCGACCAGCUGCUCCAGAUCCGGCAGGAUGUGGAGUCGUGCUACUUCGCGGCGCAGACCAUGAAGAUGAAGAUACAGACUUCCUUCUACGAACUCCCCACGGAUUCCCACGCUUCGUUGCGGGACUCUUUGCUGUCCCACAUCCAGAACUUGAAGGACCUGUCGCCGGUCAUCGUCACCCAGCUUGCUUUAGCAAUAGCAGACCUUGCCCUGCAAAUGGCUUCUUGGAAGGGCUGCGUACAAACACUGGUGGAAAAGUACAGCAACGAUGUCACGUCGCUGCCCUUUCUGCUGGAGAUCCUCACGGUGCUGCCAGAAGAGGUUCACAGCCGAUCCUUGCGCAUCGGAGCCAACCGCCGCACCGAAAUCAUAGAAGACCUGGCGUACUACUCCAGCACGGUCAUCUCCCUGCUGAUGACGUGCGUGGAGAAAGCAGGCAACGAUGAGAAGAUGCUCAUCAAAAUCUUCCGGUGCUUGGGGAGCUGGUUCAACCUGGGCGUCCUGGACAGCACCUUCAUGGCCAACAGCAAGUUACUGUCCCUCCUCUUCGAGGUGCUGCAACAAGACAAGACGUCAUCCAACCUCCACGAAGCCGCGUCCGACUGCGUGUGCUCAGCCCUCUACGCCAUCGAGAACGUGGAGACGAACCUCCCCUUGGCCCUGCAGCUCUUCCAGGGCGUCCUCACCCUCGAGAGUGCCUACCACAUGGCUGUCGCACGCGAGGACCUCGACAAGGUGCUCAAUUACUGCCGUGUUUUCACCGAGCUGUGCGAGACGUUCCUAGAUAAAAUCGUUUGCACGCCAGGCCAAGGGCUGGGCGACCUGCGGACGCUGGAGCUGCUGCUGAUAUGUGCAGGUCACCCGCAGUACGAGGUGAGUGAGGUUGGACCCGCCUUUCUCUCCUCGCCCCUACCGCCAAAUCUCACUCAGCCAGAGUUGAGUCAGGGGUAA